AUGUCUUCGAAGCGCCCCUCGGAGCCUGAAGCCGCGCCGGGCCUAUCGUCCAUGGAGAAUCUACAACGAGUGGAACAGCGAAUAAUCGACGCUGUCAAAUGCGCAGGCAACGUCAUGCAGCUGCUCGGCCAAUCAGGACCGUCCACACCAGUAGGAGGCGGAGGUGGAGGGGGAGGUGGGCCUUCACAUCCCCACCUUCCAGGGAACGUUCACGGAAGCAUCACUGGAGGGGGAGGGCCGGGAGGGGCAAACAGGAAACCGGAAAUGGUGGCUGGGAUGUGCCAAGAGUUCAUGCUGGCAAUGCGGGAUGUUCAGGUGAUUAUGCGCAACGAGAUCCGCAUUAUGUGUGAAUACCGUUCCUAUGAGAACAGUGACUAUAUGGAGCGCUUGCUGGCAGAGCUGAGUGCUGAGAAACUGGACUGCCUGGGAAACCGCAUUCAGCAUCUUCAAGAGAUCUUGGGCAAUGAUGGUGAUGAUGAGGAAAAUGACAAAGAAAUUGAUGAUGGUGCUGGUGGUGACAAGGCGAGUGGUGGUGAUGAUGGUGAUGCAGAAAAACCCGGCACUAAGGAUGACACAGGGAAUGAAAAGACGGGGAUGGAUGAAAUGCCUGGGACUGUUAGUGGUGAGGGGCAGGAGAAGGCAGGAGAGAACGCAGAGGAGGAUGAUCAAGAAGGGGGCCGAUUAGAAGAUGAUGUUGGUUUGCCCUCAAUGUUCCUAUCCAUGCUUCCGAAAUUCGCAGCCAUGGACGACGAAGAGGCAGCGGAAAUAGCUCAGCUGCGACAGCAGCGGUCACGCCUUAAGGAGCGGCUAGAAAGUCGCAAGAAAGCCACCGCGUCUCUCGUAAACGACCUGCUGACGUCAGCUCCUAACACCGGCGCAAGUGGCGGAAUAUCCGCUGCGCGUCGCUCGCCUUCAAUUGACGAGCUUCCGCCUGUCGUGGCGACGAACACGCCGUUGAUGGCAACGGGUUUAACCACCAGCGCGAAUGCCGGCGGCGGCGGCGGAGGCGGAGGAAGAUCUGACGUAUCAGGCAGCGAAGGUCGCGACGACGGAGGCGACUCGAACGUCAGCUCGGGCGCUGCGGGAGCCACCGAGGCAACAGCUGGCACGUGCAAGUACGUGCAUUAUGAGUUGGACCCAGUGCCAGACGGAGCGCCCUACGGGGCCAUGAUCCCCCCAGGGGCCGCCCUUCCCCCCGCCGCCGCUGCUGCAGCCGCUAUGGGCAUAUUUGGCCCGCAUGGGGGGCCAAUGGGGCCGCACGGUAUGCAUGGGGCGGGCAUGCCCCCUGUGGUGCAGAUCAACUCGUUUGGGCAGUACAUCCCGUCGACCAUUCCACGGCCGUUCGACCGCCCUCCCCGACCGGAAUACUGCUCUCAGGUGGAGUUGGGGGAAGCACAGUGGGUGAACUGUGACAUCCGCAACUUCCGCACGGACAUUCUGGGGCAGUUUGGGGUCAUCAUGGCGGAUCCUCCGUGGGACAUUCACAUGGAGCUGCCUUAUGGCACCAUGGCGGACGAUGAGAUGCGAACUCUCAACGUGCCGGGCUUGCAAACGGAUGGGCUGAUCUUCCUGUGGGUGACAGGGCGUGCUAUGGAGCUGGGGCGAGAGUGUUUGGAACUGUGGGGAUACCGGCGAGUCGAGGAGCUGAUUUGGGUGAAGACGAAUCAGCUGCAGCGCAUCAUUCGCACGGGGCGCACGGGGCACUGGCUGAACCACAGCAAGGAGCACUGCCUGUCCGAGAGACCAGCAGAAAGCCCGACGAGCUGGAUCUCACUGGGGAAUCAGCUGGACGGCACACGCCUUGUGGAUGCUGACUUGCGCAAGAGGUUCAAGGAGGUUUACCCAGAUAUUGAAAUCCAGCCUCCAGACCCACCAUCUGAGGAUGCCCCAGCUGCCAACACAAAAUGA